AUGGAUCACGACGAGAUAUCUCAUGGCCAUCGUGGCCAGCCGGAAAAUAGCACGGCCCCGACUGCUCCGACUGAAGACACCCCCAAUCGCGAUGAGGAGAAGAUGCAGCCCACCGAGGACUUUGGAGAGAGAGAUAUCAAGGUCGGAUAUAUGAACGAGGCGGACCGCCAUGUCUAUGAGAGCGGUAUUCAAAAGUUCAGCCGUCUUGGGUGGAAGCGACUUACCGUUGUCCUCAUUGUCGAGGCUAUUGCGCUGGGAAGUUUGUCCAUUCCUUCCUCAUUCGCGACCCUCGGAAUGGUGGCUGGUGUUAUUCUUACCGUUGGCCUUGGAAUUAUUGCCAUCUAUACCAGUUAUAUCAUCGGAAAGGUUAAACUGGCUUUCCCCGAGGUUGCUCAUUAUGCCGAUGCGGGUCGGCUGAUGGGAGCGCGGCUGGGUUGCCCUCGGUUCGGGUUUGAGCUUGUGAACUGGAUGCUGGCUAUCCAAUUGCUCUUCCUGACCGGAUCCCACUGUCUUACUGGUACUAUUGCCUUCCGGAACAUUACCAGCAGCGAAAUCUGCUCGGUGAUUUUCGGUGUGGUGUCUGCGAUCAUUCUCCUUCUACUCGCCGUCCCUCCUAGUUUCACCGAGAUGGCCAUCCUAGGUUAUAUUGACUUCGCCUCGAUCAUUCUCGCUAUUGGUAUUACGAUUAUUGCCACUGGAAUUGAAUCUAGUCACGAAGUCGGUGGUCUUGCGGCUGUUGAUUGGUCUGCUUGGCCGAAAGAGGUUUUGCGCUCUGCCAAUUCUCAUUCAUGGAUGAAAUGCACACCCCCCCGCGACUAUGUGAAAUCAAUCUGGGCUCUUGGUCUCAUUGAGAUCUUUAUUUACACCCUUACCGGUGCUCUCAUCUACGCCUUCGUUGGCCAGGAUGUCGGUAGCCCUGCCCUGCUCUCCGCCGGUAAUCUGGUUAGCCGUAUUGCUUUCGGAGUUGCUUUACCUGUUAUUUUUAUUUCCGGCUCGAUCAAUACCGUUGUCUUCGGACGUCUUGUCCACGGCCGUAUGUUCGCCAACUCGCCUAUCCGGUUCAUCAACACCAAGACUGGUUGGUUAACCUGGUUGGCUGUUAUCACUGUCGGUACCAUCCUUGCAUUCAUUAUUGCCGAGGUGAUUCCAUUCUUCAAUGAUUUGCUUUCGAUCUCUUCGUCGCUAUUCAUUUCUGGAUUUACCUUCUAUUUCCCCCCCAAUGAUGUGGAGGGCAGCUGGCGCGACCCUAAGAACCUCGUCACCAGCUUGGUCAACCUUGCCGUCUUCCUGAUCGGUAUGGUCAUUUUGGUUGGAGGAACUUACUCCAGUGUUGAUGAUAUUAUCAACAAGUACAAUGCCGGCACCGUUCACGGCGUUUUCACCUGCGGUUCCCCAGAAUAA